GAAAGACGAUCAAGUAGCAACCAUUUUUGCACUUUACUGCAAAUUUUCAAGUAUUUUUCUUUAGUAAACUAUUUUAUUAAAAAAAAGUACUAAUACUUAAUAACUGAAAUUUAACUCAAUCUUUCCAAGAUAAUAUUACAUCUUAAAAUAUAUCAUCAGUGAAAAUAUUAUUAUUUAAUUCUUGGAGAAAUGAUUUCUUUAAAACAUUUUCUAUUUCUUGUUUUCUUUACCACCGAUCUAGUAAUUGGAACGCCACAUUCGAGGGGAAAAGGUAGAAAUGGACGUCCCGUUAAUAGAUUAACGGUACAUCCACUUAUAAUAAAAUUGGUAGAAGAAGUGGAAAAAUCUGGAAUGCAACAAGAAGGAUUAUAUCGCUUAUCUGGUAGUAAAACUGAAGUACAAAAGUUGGCACAAAAUUGUUUUUCUUUGGACUCGGAUAUAUCGGAAUAUAAUUUAAAUGUAAUUACAUCAUAUCUGAAAUCACUUUUCCGUGAUUUGAGAACUUCACUUAUCGAUGAAGCAACGUUCAAUCAACUUUCAAGUGCCAUGAAUAUAGAGGACGUCGAAGAAUCGGAAAUGAAAAUGAAAGAAAUAAUAACAGAUCUUCCUCAAAAUAUUCGUGAUACUCUUGCUUAUUUAAUAGUACAUUUGCAAAAAGUAGUGAAACAUCACGAGAUCAACAGAAUGACUGCUGGGAACAUUGGUAUAGUCUUUGGACCAACUUUGAUGGACUUUAAGCUUGAUGAUCAAAUGGCAGAACUUGCUUUAAAUUCCCAAAAAACGAAGAUCAUUGAGAGACUUUUGGAAAUUUCAUCAAGUUUUUGGAAGGAAUUGAUAAAUUAUGAAACGACUAGAACUGAACCAAAUGUUUCAAACUCAGCGGAAGACGAGCAAGGUGCUUGGGGUGGUGCUGUUUCUACUGAUUCUUUGGAAUUUCAUACGGAUUCUGAGGAUGAGGAUUCGUUAGAAAGAAAUUUAGCUGCCUCAAUCAGACGACACUCUAGUGUUGCUGUUGAAGAUCUGGCAGAAUUAAGGGCAAAAAGAUUUGGCAGAAAAGGUAGCUAUUUUACAAAGCAAGAAUUACCUUAAAAGAGCAAACUUUCCAAACCAGAUUCAUUAUUUAAUAAUUUCCAAAAUAAUUAUUCCUUUUUUAUGAAUUUGUUUCUCUUUAAAACUGUUUUUAUUAAUUAAAAUGAUCAGAAAUUAUUAUUACUAAUCGAUGUCCUCAAUAUUAAAUAUUGUUGUAUAAAUAAUCUUGUCAAUAAAGAAUUGCAAGAAAAAUAUAUUU